AACCCAAAAAAAAAAACUUCUCUAUAUAUAAACAGCAUCAGUUCCUGCAUUGAAAAAUUACCUGGUGCUAAUAUCUUCUCUAACUCAAAUAUUUUUACAAAAAAGACAAAAAAAAUAAAAUAAAAAUGGCGGGCCGCGACACAUUCCAGCUGCGUUUCGCGGCUGUCGCGGCAUCCGCCGCCGUAUUGAUCCUUCUCAUGGCUGGUCAAGUCGCGGAAUCGCGCAUGAUCAACCUCUGCUCUCACACAGCGUAUCCAUCUUUGUGCCGACCUCUAGUGAAACGCGUCACCAACCCAAGACGAGCCACGCACCGAACCAUCCAGGCUUUAGAGGCAAAGACAAAAGUGGCUCUAGCGGAAGCAGCUAGGUUCAAAAACGGUAACCAAGCGAUCACCACAUGUUACGGAACGUUGAGCGACGCGAUAUACAAUUUGGCGAGUGCGAGGAAGAGCAUAAGGAAACGUGAUGUGUCGGCGAUGAACAUGUACCUAACAGCGGCCGUGUCAGACUACGGCGCAUGUGUGGACGGGUUUAUUGAGACGGGUCAGGUGAAUGCGGUCCAGAAUGUAGCGGUUGACCUGAGGAAGAUUAGCAGCAACUGCUUGUCGUUGUCUGCAUUGAUUAGCUGAUUGAUUAAGAGAACAACAUUUGAUUUAAUUUUUCUCUCAAAACAAAACAAAAAAUAAAGACUAAUUAAGAAGUCUUAAACUAAUUAAAAAAAGUUGGGUUUCUUUUUGUUGUUUUUGUUUUGGGGGAUAUAUUAUUGUUUGUUGAGAUGAUCCAUCAUUCGUAUGUAACGCCACUGGGUGUAAUUAAUUAUAUCUGAUUUCGUGUAAUUAAUUAUCGUUAGUAGAUUUUUUUCUUACGAUGA